AAAUCAAAGACACCAUCUGCACCACGGCGAAAUACGACAUGCAAGAUUUACACGUGAUUUUUAAUUUUCUGUUUUUUUAAAAUUCUUGUGAUAGCGGUUAUUGUUAUUUAAAGUAAAUUUUAGUGUUACGUUUUGCACCCCAGUGUUAUUUUUAUAAGGUCCAAAAAUGCCUAGAAAGACCCCCGUGAGAGAAUUACAAAAAGAAGAACCAGUAAUUGGUUCUCCUCUUCGAAGAUCAAGUCGUUUAAAUAAUAGUUCCCCAGUUCCUACUAAAGUGAUAAGUCGAAGAAAUUCCGCUUCUGAAACGUCUACGUCUACCCCGGUGGUAACCAGAAGCAGACGAUCUUCAUUCAGUCAAGAAAUACAACCCGGUGAAGACCCACAAGCUGACAAGAAAAAAACAACUUCAACUGUCAGAACUAGAAGAAGUUCACUAACGCAAAGCAACGAUGCUCAGACACCAGUAGAAACUACUGCAAAAACAAGAGCUAGAUCUUCAUCAAAAGAAUCUGACCAAGUUCCAGAAGUGAAAAAGGCAACAGGACGUAGAAGAUCUAUUACUGAAGAUUCUGAAAACGGUCAAGAUGCUUCUAAGAAAAUUACUAGAUCUCGAAGUAGUUCUGCAACUAAAAAGAACGAGAACGCGGAUGUUCCAGCUAGCACUCCAAUUAAAAAAUCGUCUCCUCCAAGUACCACUGAUGUACUAGAAUCUAUUGAAGAAGCUAAUAAAGAGGUCGAAUCCCCGAGUGGCACGCCAUCCAAAAAGUAUAAAAGAAGGGUUACUGAAGUCAGCAAAAUUGAUUUUGAUCUUAGCAUAAUUAACGAAGCGAGUCUAACAGAUGAAGAGCUUAGUCCACACAAGAAAUCUGCACUUAUGGACAAAUCGGAGGAUCAGCCUAAAAAAUCUAGCAACGAAAAAGAUGUUUUAGAAACUGCAAAAAGUGAAGAUACAUCAGAGAAAGUGGAUACGGAGGAAACAAUCAAAAUAUCUUCAAAGAACGAACCAGAUGUUGAUAGUGAAGUUACAAAGGAAGGUUCCCCUGAUAAAAAAAAUUAUGUCUCCGAAAAACUUGAUUUAACCGUGUCAGAGAGUUCGUUUAAUUUGCAGCUUUCUCCUUUAGAAAACGGUGAUCAGAAUAAAUCUGUUGCAAACAAUAAAGAGAAUAUUUCUCCUAAGGAGUCUGUGUGUGAGCCAAUGGAGGUUGAUGAAGUGUUUGAAGAAUCGUCACCUGUUAAGAAGAAAAUUCUGAAAUCUCCCAAAGUAUCUGCUAACAUCGAAAUCAACGAAGUUGAUAAAAAAAUACAAGUUGCUGCAGAAAUAACUGAUAAAAUGGCUGAAUUUUUGUCUGAAAAAAUUCUUGCAAAUUCGCCCAAAAAUAAACAAGGAAAGACUGAUGGAAAAAAUGAAAAGAAUCUAAGUUUGAAAGAAUCUGACAACGUGAAUGAUACUAAAAACGCCGAAGGGGAAGUAUCAGAGCAAGUGGAAAAAAAUAGUGUUAGCAUGACUGAGGGUGAAGUAGUAGAAGAAAGUAAACUAGUCCAGGAUUUAUCCAGAGAACUUCCAGAAUCCGAAAAAAAAGUUGAAGAAACCCAUGAAGCAAGUUUAACAAAGAAUAAAAGUGAACUGAAUAAGUCUACUGAAAUUAGGAUUGAGGAACAAAGUACUGACAAAGAAUCUUUAAAUGUGAGUUCUAGUACCAAAAUUGAAAAAUCCACGCAGGUAUGUGAACCUAUUGAAAGUGUUAAAUCUAGUCCCAGCAAAGAAAAUCACGAGUCUGAUGUUAUGGACAAUGCUACAGAAAAAAUAAGUACUGAACCGUCAGGCGACCAUCUUGUCAAAGACGCUGCAGAGGAGAAAAGCCCAAGGAAAACACCAUCUAAAGCUGCAUCUAUCAAGCGUAAAUCAGAUUCGUUCCAAGAACAAACAGAACUUACAGAACCUGCAGUCUCUAAAGAUAGUAGCACUUCACCUAAAGUUGCAUCUAUCAAGCGUAAAUCAGAUUCGUUCCAAGAACCUGCAGUCUCUAAAGAUAGUAGCACUUCGCCUAAAGUUCCAUCUAUCAAGCGUAAAUCGGAUUCCUUCCAAGAAAAAACAGCGCCUAGAGAAUCUGAACCUUCUAAAGAUAGUAACAUUUCAGAAACAGCAGUCACUGUGACUAACGAUGAGCCAAUUGUUGAACCUGAAGAACCUUCAACAGUUGAAGAAAAAACAUCCCUAAACAAGGACAGAGAAGAGGAAAUUGAGAAAGACCCUAGUGAAAAAUCUUGCACUGAAGAACAAGUUGUAAAUAGUGAGGAAUCUUCUAGUGACACAGACAACAUUCCAUCAGUGAUAUUAAAAGAAAAAGAACAUAUUAUCGUUUCUAGCCAAAAUGGCUCUAAAGUUCCACGACAAAUAAAAAUUGAAGAAAUUGUUAGCGUGAGCGAAAGUUGUACUGAUGAAGAUUUAGAUUUAGAAGUUAAAACUAUCAAUGAAAAUAAAGCUGCUUCCCCUGGAAAGAGAAGCAGGAAAGAAAAUUGGGUCAGCUUGUGUGACUCAGAUUCAAGUGAUGAAACAUUUACCCCGCAGAAAGAAACAAGCGUUGAUAAAUUAGAUUCGAAAUAUUCCAUAGCAACGCACGGAAAAACACAAAAAGAAAAGAAUCGAUCCGAGUCCAGUUCAGAAGUUGUAGAAUUGACUGAUGGAGAGGAUAGUAAUGAAGUUUUCGAUGAACCCUCUGGCAAAGACGAUACCGAAGCUGUAAAUCAAACUAUAACUGCCGAACCUGAAGAGAACAAAAUUAAGAAGGAGAAAAAAGAUUUGAACCUUAGUACCAGUAGUCUUAAAAAGCGCCCUUCAGACCGGAGAUCAAUUACAUUACAAGAAACAAUUAAGGCAGGUGAUGAUCCAGAAGAAAAAUUAAGCGGACACAUACACAAAGUUGUUGAUUUAUUCUGCGCCAGUAUUAAAAACAAAUCUGAUCUUUCCAUUAAUGUUUCUAUGGAGUACGCAGAACAUGUUUCGGAUUCUGAGGAUGAGAGUGGCAACAUAGAUGUGGUUAAUAUUUCAUUAACAGCAUCUGACUUCAACGAAGUGGUGGUAGAAACUGAAAAAGGAAGCAAGCGACGUAAAGUUUGUCGUGUUAGUGACGCCGAUGUUAAGUCACCGGAAAAACCUCCCACCAACGAAAAUGAGGUUGAACUAACGAGUGACAGCCCCCACGAAAUAUCACAGAAUUCUUCAAUUAUUAAUGAAGGAGAAAAGACCGGUUCGGCGAAGAAACGUAAAAAACGAAAAUCUGAUGCGUUACAAUCCGAAAACAUUGCAGUGAAAACGUCGCCAAAAGUUUCAUUUUCAACUGAUACUGAACAGAAAAGCAAGUCCCCGAAAAAGGGCAAAAAGCGAAGAUCUACAGGCGACCUUUCUGCAUCUGAGAACGAAUUGACUGAACAGAGAGAGCAAAAGACUAGCCCUGUUAAAAAACCAGUUCCUCUUACACCAUUCAAAUCAAGUAAAGAAAUGCAGCCAGAAGACAGCAGCGAAAGUUUUGAAGAAACAUCUGAAGAUGAAGAAAACAACGAAAGCAACAUUUCCAGCUACAAUUUAUUUUCGGCAUCUUUCGAAGACAGCGAUGUUAAUGACCUGUCUUGGAGGCCUGAUGAAGAUGUAGACUCUGAUUCUUCGGAUUCUGAGAUAAAUAUUUCAGAUGUUGAAGAAGAAGAAGAUGUAACAGAUCUGCAAGACGAAUUACCCACUGUUCUAACGACAAAAGAAAGACGAAAAAUCAACUCGCGCAGCUCCAGUGAAGAAACAUCUCCAGGUAGAAAAAUGAAGAAAAUACCACGGAGGAAAUCAACCAGUUUCGCUGAAGAUGCUACUCAAGACCCAGUGAAAGAGACGGAAGAUAAAGUUAAUAAAAAUAAAAAACGCAAACUUUUCCGUCCAAGUACAGCACAUAACUUAUCGCAAGCUUUCGCGUCCAGUGAAACUGAAGAAAAGCCAACUUUGGAGCAAACAGCUUCUGCAGAUAAAAUAGUGAAGCAAUCCAAAGAUCCUAAAUUAGGACAAAAGAAAUUAAAGAGUAAAAGUAAAAAGUCGAAACAAACGUUCUCCAGCGAAUCUAUUGAAUGCAUAUUGCCAGAAACGUCGGAAGUUCAGGAAAAACCAGUAAAAAUAAGUAGGAAGCGACGCCAUCCAAGCGCCUCCAGUGUAAACAGUGAAGAACCGACGAAGAUUGUUGUAGACAAUACGUACGUUACAACCAAGAGGAAGAUGAAGAAGGUAAAUAAAAAACAUGUCUUGCCAAAUACCAUUGAACCUUCAGCUGGUAAUAUAAAGAACUCAAAACGCUUGCGGAUGAAACCAUCUACAAAAAUGAACUCCGGAUGGGACGUCACAACAAUGUAACUACUCGUAUAUCUACUCUAUUUAUUAAGUAAUAAAAGAGCGUGACAAGAAUUGUCAUUUUCUAUUUACUGAAAGGGUCUUUUUAAUAUCUUAAUUAUUCUCAUCAUUAUAAAGUAUGUUUUGUUCUAAGGCUGAUUACAAUAUAUUUGUUUUUUCAUAA